CAUAACCACCACUCAUUUUGAACUCAUCUUUCUCUAUCUGAUUUUUUUUCUCUUUUUUGCUCUAAAAUAGUAUGCACAUUUCUGCAUCUUUUCUUCUCCUACAUCUCUCUCUACUACUUCACAUUCCAUGGCAGACCAUCCACCAAUACCUUAAGGUCCGUAUUACCACUCUUCAUCUUCUACUUUCUCCCUCUAGCUUUCUACUACCCCCUCUUUCUUCCAUCAAGACAUGAGUACUUCUUCUUAUUGUUUUUCUUCUUCGGCAAAUCCUGGAGGAGGAAGAAGAUGUUCUCAACUUCAAAGUUCUUAUGUUUCUCUACAUAAAAACAAUGUAUGCUCAUAUUUUCAUGAUACCUAUUUCUCCAGAAGAGAUUCUAAUUCCCUUUUACCGCUCAAGUCUCCAAAUGUACCCAUUGAGUUAUCCUCUCUUAGUCUGAAUUCCAAGUUCAUUAUACCUUGUGCAAGUCUAUCAUCUUUUGCUGACGGCGAAAGUGGAGAUCAACAAGAACAAGUUAAAGAUGCGGUACCGAAUGAGGGCAAACUUGAUCAGGAGGUGAAAUCUGAUGAAUCACCUGGAAUGGCUCAGGCUUUUAAUAUCUCAUCAAGAACGGCUUCUGCAAUAUCUAUUUGUAUUGCUAUUGCUGCUCUUAGUCUUCCAUUUUUUAUGAAGUCAUUGGGACAAGGCUUGAGUUUGAAGACUAAGGUGCUUUCUUAUAUAACUUUGUUGUUUGGGUUAUAUAUGGCUUGGAAUAUUGGUGCCAAUGAUGUUGCCAAUGCAAUGGGUACUUCGGUAGGCUCGGGUGCUUUGACUUUGCGACAGGCUGUGCUGACUGCGGCUGUGUUGGAAUUCUCGGGGGCUUUAUUGAUGGGGAAACAUGUGACAAACACAAUGCAGAAUGGGAUUCUAGUUGCUAAUGUGUUCCAAGGGAAGCAAUCUUUGCUAUUUGCUGGUUUGCUCUCUUCUCUUGGUGCUGCUGGUACUUGGUUGCAGAUUGCAUCUUACUUUGGUUGGCCAGUUUCCACCACGCACUGCAUAGUAGGUUCUAUGGUGGGAUUUGGUCUAGUUUAUGGUGGAGUGGGAGCUGUGUUCUGGAGUUCAUUGGCUAGAGUGACUUCAUCAUGGGUCAUUUCCCCUGUUGUUGGAGCAGCUGUCUCAUUUCUCGUCUACAAAUGUAUACGUCGGUUUGUGUACUCUGCUCCAAAUCCGGGGCAAGCUGCUGCUACCGCUGCACCAGUUGCUGUCUUUGCUGGUGUGACGGCUAUAUCGUUUGUUGCUUUCCCUCUAAGCAAGAACCCUAUUGUGGUUCUAGCCCAGGCCUUGACAUGUGGAUUUGCGGGCGCAUUUCUAGUUAGCCGAGCUAUCAACAACAAGCUUGGACACCUCCUCUCUAAGACGAAAUCUGCAGAAGGAGAGACAGAAGAGGAUGCGUCACAGCAGAAAAAUAUAGGAUUCCUCUCUGACAUUGCUGGCCCUACUGGGACCCAACUGGAAAUUGUAUAUGGAGUCUUUGGAUACAUGCAAGUUUUAUCAGCCUGCUUUAUGUCAUUUGCUCAUGGAGGUAAUGAUGUAUCAAAUGCCAUAGGCCCAUUAGUUGGUGCACUGUCGAUCCUUCAGGGAGGUGCAGGUGGAGCUGAGCUUGUUAUUCCAAUUGAUGUUCUUGCAUGGGGAGGAUUCGGUAUAGUAGCUGGGUUGAUGAUGUGGGGUUAUAGGGUUAUAGCAACAAUUGGGAAGAAAAUAACAGAACUGACCCCAACUCGAGGAUUUGCGGCCGAGUUUGCAGCAGCUUCAGUAGUUCUUUUUGCGUCAAAGUUUGGACUACCUAUCUCUGCAACCCAUACACUUGUGGGAGCUGUCAUGGGAGUGGGAUUUGCAAGAGGACUAAACAGCGUGAGCGCAGAGACUGUCAAGGGUAUUGUGACUUCAUGGGUCAUCACAAUCCCAGUUGGCGCAUUUCUUUCGAUCGUCUACACAUGGAUUCUAACAAAGCUCUUGCCAAAUCUAUUUUGAGUUUUGAGGCUUAUAACUUCAGACAUUGAAAAACGCAGUUUGAUAUUUUUUAAGAAGACACCUCUUUGUGAAUUAAAACAGUAUGAGGCUUGUUUGUCAGUGGUUGCCUGGUUGGGUUUUUGCACCUAAAAUUUAAAACAGUACGAGGAUUGAGGCUUGUUUGUUUUGCUAUAAAAUUGAGCGAUCUUUUUGUUCUCCUAGUUUGAUGCACAAGAAUGCCAAACUUUCUCAGUAACACUUCUAUUGGAUGAAUGAAUUCUUAAUGUAAUAAUAAUGUUGAACUCCUUCUACAACG